AAGAACACGUGCGCAUGCGCUGCGCAUACGCUGCUUUCUACGAAGUUUCUGGGGCGCAACGCAAAAUAUUGAUUACAUUUUGAGCAAUCUGAGACUCCCCCUAGCUGCUGAGAGAGUGAUCUUCUGCUGUGAAGAUGUCUGUGUCCUCGCUCUACCUCAAACAAGACAACAUGGUGCGCUUCAAGAGGAGAAAAGCACGUUUCUCCUUCAGUGAAGUGCACAUCCUGCUGGACGAAGUGCGGAAGAACCGACACAUUGUUGUGGGUAAGUUUAAUGCCGGCAUUCCCUCUGACGUGAAGCGCAGGAAAUGGGCUGAGAUCACAGCACGUGUGAAUGAGAUCGGAGAGUGCGACAGAGAAAUCAUGGAGGUCAUCAAGAAAUGGUCCGACCUCAAAUGUGACACGAAGCGCAAAAUUGCAGCCCAGCGCACAGGUACGUUGGUGUCCCAGCGACUGGCACGGUCCAAUAUUGAACUGUCCCCCAUGGAAGUCAUUGUGGAGUCCAUCCUGGAACUGGACAAGAAACCGUGGGAAGCUACACAGCGGUCCAGAUCUCGCAGUCACGAUGAUCAGGAGCCCGUGUGUGAGGAUGAGGAAGAGGAGGAUGGAGGGUUUGUGGGAAUGGGGUCUGUCAACAGUUCUCCAGGCAGAGGCAUGGAUGUGGGAGGAAUGCCUGCUACUACAAGCGGAGCCGGGUGUACAAGUGAGAUGCAGUUUGAUGGCACUAAACCUGGAGAUCGCGAAUCCCACAUAGACUCAGAUGAAGACAACCGUGACCACUUCCCAUCAUCCUCUAUGGCGUCUGUCAGUAACUCUUACUCUGAGGAGGAUGGAGGAGCAUCCCGAGGCAGUGCCGGUCACGUGUCCUCCACAGCCACCGCUACUACCAAAAGACCCUCAUCGUUCCCUGGCGUGGAGCCAGACAGUUCCCGUGAGCAGCUAGCGCACAACGCAAGCCUUAGCGUGCAGGAGCAGCAUGCCACUAAUGCUCUUCUGGCCACAGUCUCGCGUUCCCUGGAGCUUCUCGCAGAGUCCAUGCAUCAGCUCACAGAGACGCAGCAGGAGUUUGCGCGUGAGUCGCUACAGCUACAGAGGGAUACUGUUCAGGUUUUGCGGGAGUUUGCCUCAGGAGCGAUAACAAUACUACAGGAGAAAGUCAACGGCAAACCUGCGUUGUGAUGUGAGAUUUGUUUAUUACAAACAAACGAAGACCAUCAAGCUUCACAGAAUGUGACCCGUUGUUGAAACUGCGUACAGAUGACCAAUAUUAUGGGAUAUAAGGACAAAAAUGCUUUUGUAAGUUUUCCAAACUGUAAAGACACUCUUUUUACCUUCUCCCUGUUUAUUAAUAGGACACAAAAUAGUGUUUUGUUUAUAGCGGAGUGCAAAAAUAUAGGGUGAGCAAUCCAGAAAUGUUAGAUGAAGCUAUGUUCAAAGGGAUUUUGGUUGUGAUAUGGUCUUCCACAACAAACUAAUACCUUUUUUCCACUUCAUUCAUAAUGUUCUCACAUAGUAAGCUUUAAGAUUUAACAGGAUUCAGACUCAGAGGGCCUAUUUAAAACAAUUGUAUAUUUAGGAGUGACAUUGACUAUAGUUGUAGCUAAUUUGAUCAUCUGAAUGCUGCUUUAAGAAGAGUUUUAUUUCCUCAAUCACAUAUUCAUAUUUAUUCCCAGUCUUUUAGUGACACUUCAGUGAUAUCCUGUGAUUUUAGUAAAGGGGCAGUUCACCCUAAAAUGAAAAUGACCUCACCAUUUACUUACAAUCAAGAGGUUUUAAAC